AUGUUCCUUCUGAUCCCAGACUUUGAGAUGAGUUACAGUUACAGGAAGGUUUGGAAGAAAGGAUGGCGUUCUUCUCCUGACAAUUGCAAUCAUUUGAGCAUUGUUAUUGUAUUGGUAUGCAAGGCUUCAUAUGGAAGUGGAACUGCAUAUUUGCCUGCGAAUGUAGUUCUUAGAGCUUUGUGCAUGCUCAAAGGCAUGCGAAGCCAGAUUCGCGUAGGCUCCACAGUGGGUCUUAUCGAAGUCAACAUGCACAGGCAAAGUUAUUGUAUUAAUCAUGUGUGGAUAUUUAUAUUUGCUUGUUCCAAAAGAAUUGCUGAAGCAAUGCGCUAA